UCCAGUGGUGGUGGAGCGUUAUGCUGAGGACUCGGUUCUCCUGUGUGACCUUGGGAACCCUUUCAGAAGCAACCACAAGGUGCAGGUGUUGAUCAAGUUUCAGCCAUCUGAGAUCAGUCUGGACACCCGAGAGAUCCGAUCUCUGCUGCAGCUGUCCACGCUCAGUGAGCAGGUGGAUCUGGCUCCGGUCUCGGUCUCCAUGUUGGUGGAGUAUUCACUGCAAACGUCCUUAACUCUAAUCAGUUCACCAGGUCCCGCCUCCUUCAGUGGUCAUGUGAUUGGUGAGUCGGCCAUGAAGAAGACGGAGGAUGUCGGCAGCCUGCUGCUCUUCACCUUCCAGGUGACACUUCAUGGGAAGCCGCUGGGUCACCUGGGCAACCUGGAGGUGGAGUUUGAUUGGCCGAUGGAGGUGACCAGUGGGAAGUGGCUGCUGUACCUGACGGAGAUCCGAUUGAACGGCACGUCGGAGCCUCUCUGCAAUCCACCUGGCAACAUCAUCAACCCCCUCAGCCUUGCGGUAACCCUGGUAGGAGAGGAGGUUUUAUUAAACAAGUUCGGACUUCUGAAGAUCACUGAAUAA